AUGAAAUACCUUCAAGCUGUCGUUGGGUCUAAAGUGGAGAUCUCCAAGUGCGGGGGCUGUCACAAGAUUAUGGGCGAAUGUCCGACUGUUCAUAGCACUGGCCUGUACUGUGAUAGCUUAACAGAUCGAGCGAAAAUUCAACCGUACUCAAGUCCCAAUGAAACCGCUAAUAAUGGCACACUGGCGCAAUGUGUGCCCAAUUAUUACGAAGUAACUGCUGACAUAACGGACUGGUGCUGCUUUUGGAACCCGUCACUCGGAUGCCAACAGCUUACGGGAACCUACUACCAGCAGCACUCCGACUGGGAUGAGACCUGUGAGCUCUGUCUGCACUCGUGUGAUUGCGGUAACAAAAAUCAUGUAGCCAGGCAUUGUCUAACCAGAGUACUCCUGCUCUGCAUCACCAUUUUUGGAAUAUAUUCCGAACUAUGAACGUAUAUUUUAUUUAAGAAAAUAAU